UUUGACUUGUUUAUCGGCUGUGUAAAGAUUUUAGUAAUUUAGUAAUCAAAUAUUUCCAUUUAACAAUACAUUAUAAUUAAAAUGAAUGCUCAACCGGGGGUUGUAAUAGUUAGUUGCAGUAAAACCAAGCCGAAAUCUCUAAUCAAGCUGAUAGCGAAGACGCAACAAACGAGCGAAAACGACGACAAAUCCGGUUUUCUAACGCAUCCCUGGAGUAUAGAAACAAAGUAUUAUACGGCUCAAAUAAAUUUAAUAGGCGUCGAGACUGAUCGUCCAUUGGACAGCAAUUUCCUAACUAGCGUAGAAGCUUUAAUAAUGCACAUGGACUCGAACAGCGAGAGCGGUUUGGACGACUUGAAAAAAUGGGAUUUCCUCGAUAACGACUACAACAUAGAUAUAAAACUGCUGUUAGCGAACUAUUGUAACGAUACCACGAAAGUAACGAAAGCCCAGGCGCUGGAUUGGUGCCUGAAGCGAGGCUUCGAAUUCAUCGAGCUGUACCCCACGAUCGAGAAAUGCAACGAAAACGAUAUCAUAGCCGAGAAAUUCGGCGUGGAUAGAGUCAUAGAAGCAUUGCACUCGCACACGUGGUCGAAUCUCGUAAUGAAAGGCAAAAGCAUAUCGAAACCCUCGAAAAACCCCAAACCCGGCGAAGCGGAGAAGGAAAUUAAGAAUCCCUUAUCGACUGAUCACAUCGACGAUUUCACGGAUCUGUUUUCCCAAUUGCAAACGAUGAAAGACAGUUUACACGGGAUGCCCGUGAAUCAGAGGAAACAGUGUGCGGAGCAGAUGGUCACUGCCUUUUGGAAGGCCAUCGGGGGCGAGGAAGAGGAACUGUUGGACAUUUAAAUGUAGAAGGAAUAUGUAGCUAAGAAAAGUACAAAUUACGGGCGCGUUAUCCUGGAAUAGUUAUUGUUAAUUUUAUUGCGUAUGUGGGACUGUAAAAUACAAGCCCAAUUACAGAUUGAAUUCGAUUAAUCGGUAAUUGGAUUUCGUAAUUUAGGUGCAUAUUUUAUGUGAUUUUUGUUAUAAAAUAUUUAGUAAUUAAUGAGCGCAUAAUUGUAAGAAUAUAGUCUG